AUGUUAGGUUUAAACACUUCUUGUUUGGGCUGGGAAAAGCAAGCUAAAUAUCUUGCUGAGACAGGCAAAUACACUGUAUUGAUAUUUGAGAAUCGUGGUAUGGGUCUAUCAGACACACCCAGUGGCCUUUAUAGUACCUCUCAAAUGGCUCAUGAUGUGAUUGAUCUAUUAGACCACUUGGAUUGGAAAGAUAAGGUGCAUGUAGAUGGUGUGUCCAUGGGUGGCAUGAUUGCACUUGAGCUUGCCACUACUUGGCCUGAAAGAGUUGCUUCACUUGUACUUACAAGCACUACUUCUGGCAGACAAAUUCCACCUUGGAAAGCAGUAACGACACUGACUAGACUCAUGACCAUCUCAGAUCCUAAGCUUAAAAUCGGUACAGCACUUGAACUUGUGUACCCAGCUGAAUGGUUAGAUGAUAAGCCUACUGAGCCUGACAUGGUUCAAUUCGAAACGAACAGAGACAUGUCUGUUUCUCUUUUCUUGGCUCGUUUAGACCGUUCUCGUCCCCAAACAUUGGCUGGUAACAUUGGCCAAACAGCUGCUUGUCUUCGUCAUUAUGUCUCAGAUCAACGAUUAUUGAAAAUCAAAGAAUCAGGUAUUCCUGUCUUAGUUGUCACAGGCACAUGGGAUAAUCUAGUCAACCCAAAGAACUCACAUCAUCUCAGUCGAGUCUUGGGUUGUCCACUAGAAAUAUUCGAAGGCAGUGGCCAUGGUUUGCCAGGCGAACAACCUGUUAGAUACAAUCAAUUAAUAGACAAUCAUUUCUCAAAGGCUUCUUCUGUUUAA